AUGUAUGAGAGUACAGUUGAGGUCAGUGAGGAUAAUGUCGAUCAAUCUUGGACUGUGGUCCAGGGUUGUCCUGGAACCGGCCAGUGUUGUCCUUUCUCAGAGUUUUGGGGUCCUUCUGAUCUCAAAUAUUUAGUUGAUGCAAUGCGAUCCUUCAUUUCAAAUGCUGCCAUGGUUCACACUCACAGCUCUAGAGCUGCACCUAGUGCUGAUGGAACUGCCUUGGCUGAUCUUGCAAAGUUUGUAGAACCCAUUGUUCUUCUUAAUAAUGAGGUUGUCAAAAUAUCGACAAUUCUUCUACAGCCAGGUUGCUCAGAAGUGCAUCAACAAAUGAAGGAAGACUCUUCCGUGUUGAAUGUAGAAGAGAAAAAGGAUCAGACUUUGAAAUUCCCAGUAUUAAAUUCACAAGAUCCAAAUGGGAAAGCUCCACCUGUGCUAAAGCUUGGUGAUAUAUCUGUGGUUUAUGUUUGUGAAUUGCCUAAAAUUAAGGGAAAGUUUGAUCCUGCAAAAGUUGUUGCCCUUGGAUUGAAAGUUGGUCCCAAAUAUCAUGAACUACAAUUUGGGCACUCAGUCAUGUUAGAUCGUCAAAAUAUAAUGGUUCAUCCAAGCGAUGUACUUGGUCCUUCAGUUCUUGGUUCUAUUGUACUCCUUGUCGACUCCCCUAUACUGUCUCAUUUGCAGGAGUUGUUGUCUACGCAGUCUCUCGAUACCUAUUAUGUAGACUCCGUGGACCAAAACUUGAAUACGGUUAAGUCUGUGAAUUGUAUAAUUCAUUUGAGUCCUUCAUUUAUCACAAUGACUCCUGAAUACCAAAAUUGGAUGAAAAGAUUUGGUGGAGCACAGCAUAUCAUGGCUGGACAUGAAAUAAAGAACUUGGAAAUUCCAGUUCUAAAAUCCAAUGCAAGAAUCACAGCACGACUUAAUUACUUGUGUCCUCAAUUCUUCCCAGCUCCAGGAUUUUAUUACUAUAGAAAAACAGGGGAAUUAAGCAAAAUCAGUUUCUUCUUUCUAGGGUUCUGUUCAAAAUUCCAUUUGUGUCCUUAUGCACAGCUUGGAUUGGAUAGAUCUGGGAUCCCAAGCUUGUUGACUCCAAUAGAAGUUGUCAAUGAACUUCUAUCAGAGAUUCUAGAGGUUGAGAUUGCUGCUGAACAAGUUAGGCAAUUCUGGGUGGAGUACCAGAGACAUGAAAUUGUAAUACUAUUUGAAGUACAUUCACAAUUAAGGUGGUGGUACACUACUGUAGAAGUACAUCCAUGAAGCUUGUAACAUUGUAACCCCAUUACUUUGACCGAAUGUUGUAUUUUGUGGAUAAAACUGAAUGGCAUGUCAAAAGAGUGCUGCCAAUUACUGUUCAUGGCAUGUCAAACCUGAAUGGCUUCCUACCCCUCUAGCUGCGCAAAGCAUAGGUGUCAACUAUUUGAGGUUCAAGUCCAUUCUUGUAGCAAUUUAUCUAGAUACCAUAUUUUCUUCCAUGGAAAUGAGUCCAUUAAUUGGUGUCAAUUUGUGAACUGAGUCAAAUGUAAAUUAAGGAAGUGGAAAUCCAUCUAUUUUCUCA